GAACAGCAAAAUGAAUCUGAUGUUGCCAAUACGGAAGGCGAUUCUUUAGUAGAUAUGGAAACUUUUGGUCAACUACUCGAGAUGGAUGAUGAUGAAGAGCAUACAUUCAGCAAAUCUUUAACAUGGGAUUAUUUCGAUCAAGCUGUUACGACUUUCAAAGAAAUGGACGCAGCGGUUUUGAGUGGUGACCUAAUCACCCUAUCACGUAAAGGUCAUUUCCUUAAAGGAUCAUCCGCCGCACUCGGAUUGAAUAAAGUAAAAGCUUCGUGUGAAAAAAUGCAGCAUUAUGGUAAUCGUAAAAAAGCUAAUGGUGAAGGAACUUUAACGGAGGAUGAAGCAAUGGAGUGCUGCAAGGAGUUACUAGAACAACUCAAAGAUGAGCAGACGCACUCUAAAGCUUGGCUAGAGGUAUGUGAAGCUCAUAUCCAGGAGUUCAUCUGA